AUGCGCUCCACAUUCUCCACUGUCCUCAUUGCGCUUGCCGCCGUCGAAGUCGCGGUCGCGGUCCAGCCCCUUAGAGGCUUCAUGGCCAUUGCAAAGCGUCAAGCCGUCUGCGUCGGUCCAGUUAUUUGCGAACAGUCCGCAACAACCUGUACCUCUUGCGAAACAGGAUUCUAUUGCUCAGGAGGAGGCUGCUGCGAAGACGGUCAGAUCUGUAGCGGCUUCAAGCCCUGUGUCGACGCCGGCACGCCAGUCAGAGACGCCGAACAAACUCAAGUCUGCCCAACCGACGCUCCAAUCUGCACAGCUUCAGACCUAAUUCCUGUCUGCUCCGGCUCCCUCGAAGAUUGGGCCACCAUUUCCGCAGGCCUAGGUGGCGCUCAAACUACAGAUAUCGAUACUCCAACAUUUACAACCCCAUCCUUUACCGCACCAUCAACAAGCACCGAAUUCGAGCCCGAGUUUACAUCUACCUCGGAGUUUGAAGCUGAAUCCACAACCACUUUUGAGGAAUCUACUACACCCGCUCCGACUACUGAGGUUGAAACUACAGAAGCACCAGAGACAACUGAUGCGGCAGAGACUACAAGCUCUAGAAGGUCUGCGUCUACAACGAGUUCUGCUCCAUCGGGAUCUUCGACUCCCAAUAGUGGUGUAAAGAUGCAGUUUAGCCUUGGUUUAGUUGCUGGUUUAAUAGCUGCUACUUCGAUUCUACUUUAA